AUGUCGGAACAAACUGAACUCCUACAAGCUAUGCUGGCGAUCCUGGAAGAGAUGAAGGCCCAACGUACCGACGUGAAACCGUCGCAUCCAUCUGAGGUUGCGUUGGAGGCUCUGUCACGCAGCAUCACGCCAUUCACGCAUGCUCCUGAACAGAACCUAACGUUCGAUACCUGGUUCGAGCGUUACAAGCACACCUUCCUGGAGGAUGGCAAGAACCUAGACGACGCUUCGAGAGUACGUCUCCUCCUCAGGCGUCUGGAUGCUGUCUCCUACGAGAAGUACUCUAGCAAUCUCUUGCCACGCAAUCCAGCAGAGCUCACGUUCGUUGAUACUGUCGAGAUUCUUACGAAGCUCUUUGGCAGGGGAGAGUCGCUUUUCUGCACCCGCAGGAAGUGUUUUCAGCUGGUCAUCCGUGAUUCUGACGAUCUGACUACACACGCAGGCAUUGUCAAUCGUCAAUGUGAGGCUUCACGCCUUACUGAGUGUACUCCCGACCAUUUUAAGUCACUCAUCUUCGUCCUCAGUCUCCAGAGCGAGAAGUAUGUUCUCGUCCGGGAACAAUUGCUCACGAAGUUCGAGACGGAACCACCGGAGAAGAUCACACUGGAUUUCAUGCUGGAGGAAGCCCGACGUCUUCUGAACAUCAAAAGUGACUCAAAAGUCGAUUCUGGAGCUGCCAACGUGAAUGCUCUCCGGAAGUCAUUUCCCGCCAAAAAGGAGCGUCCGCCACGCCCGUGUUAUCUUUGUGGGUCAAUGCAUUUUGUACGGGACUGCCCACAUACCGCUACCAAGUGUGCCGAUUGCCACAAAAUUGGCCAUAAGACUGGGUAUUGUCCCCCAGCGAAAGAUAACGAUGACCGUGAAUCUCAUAGACAGAAAGGCAAUUCUCAGCGCAACAAUUUUACACACAAGAGACAAAAGCCAAGGGGCAAGAAGCCGGCAAAAAUGAAUGCCAUUUUCUCCAAUAAACGCUUUGGGAGAAAAUAUCUUUCUGCCCGAAUCAACGAUCAUCCGGUUGAAUUUCAAUUGGAUUGCGCCGCUGAUCUCUCCAUGAUUUCGAGGGAUACUUGGGUGGCUAUCGGACGCCCACCACUCACGGCAUCCACCAUCACCGUCAGAGAUGCACAGGCAGGAGAAAUUCCAGUCGAAGGCGAAUUUCAAUGUCGCAUCACACUUCUGGGCAAGGAAAUUUGUGGAAGAUGCAUCGUAUCCAGCAGUACGCACUCCAAUCUCUUUGGAAUUGAGUGGAUAGAGGACUUAGGGUUGUGGGAUUUGGCUCCAAAUGCCUUCUGCAACACUGUGAAACGCGAUCUCGACACUACGCAGGCUGUCCGGGAACUUCAGGCCAAGUUUCCCAUCGUGUUCAGUCCAGAAAUGGGGCUCUGUACUGAAGCUUCAGGCACUAUCCAUCUCAAGAGCGACGCCACGCCGAUUUUCCGACCCAAACGCCCAGUAGCUUUCCACAUGGCAAGCAUCAUUGAUGAGGAACUUGAGCGUCUACAAUCUUCCGGAAUCAUCACACCGGUUGAAUUCUCUCAAUGGGCAGCGCCAAUCGUAGUCGCACGCAAACCAAAUGGCAAGAUCAGGAUUUGUGGUGAUUAUUCCACCGGUCUGAAUGAAUCCGUGGAAACCAACAACUACCCAAUCCCGGAUCCGGAUAGUCUGUUCAGCCGUCUAUCUGGAAAUAAGAUCUUUAGUCAUGUUGAUCUCUCGGAUGCCUACCUUCAAAUACCUGUCGACGAAGAGUCAUCGAAGUUGCUCACGAUCCACACCCAUCGUGGAUUAUUUCGCUUCAAUCGUCUGCCUCCGGGAAUCCGCAGCGCGCCAGGAAUUUUCCAGGAGAUCGUCGAACGGAUGUUGCAAGGCAUCCCGGGUGUCAUUUCGUAUUUCGAUGACAUCUGUGUGGCCAGCACGAAUGCUGAAGAACAUUUUUCCACGCUGCAAGCUGUUUUCCAGCGCCUGCAGGACUUCAACUUUCGCGUCAAACUGGAAAAAUACCAAGAAGGGCUCCAUCCUGACCCUGCAAAAGUUGAGGCCAUCAACAAUAUGCCCGCGCCACGAAACGUACAGGAACUCCGCAGCUUCCUUGGUGCUGUGCAAUUUUGGGGUAAAUUUGUGGACUCCAUGAGCCAUAUUCGUGUACCCCUUGAUCGCCUCCUCAAGAAGAAUGUCCGUUGGAAUUGGUCACGGGAAUGCGAAAACUCUUUCCAGCGCUUCAAGGAGAUUCUCAAGUCUGACUUACUCCUGACGCAUUACAACCCAAAACUUCCGAUACUUGUUGCCUCUGACGCAUCGUCCUACGCCAUCGGAUGUGUUGCGUACCAUGAGUUCCCUGAUGGUAGUCUCAAAGCCUUCUAUCAUGCGUCCCGGAAGCUUACUGACACUGAGGCAAAGUACAGUCAGGUGGAAAAAGAGGGUCUUGGGUUAACAUUCGCUGUGAAAAAGUUUCAUAGAUUCAUCUAUGGUCGCAAAUUUACCUUGCUUACCGAUCACAAACCGCUGGUCUCCAUCUUCGGAAGCAAGAAAGGCAUCCCCGUGCACACGGCGAAUAGACUCCAACGAUGGGCAUUGAUCCUCCUUGGCUACGAAUUCGACAUCAAGUACACAGCCACUGGACAAUUUGGGCAUGCAGACGUGCUCUCUCGACUCAUUUCUUCGCAACGCCGUCGCCAAGAAGAUGAGGUUAUCAUAGCCCUGAUCGACGCAGAUAUUUCCAUCGAUAGCGAAAUUGCACGAGACGUAGCAUCUCAUCUCCCUGUCGACUUCAAGAUGAUCCAACGCGCUUCACAGACGUCGCCCGCUCUACAAGAAGUUGCGAGAUACAUCACUGGGGGAUGGCCGUCGUCACGGAACGCCAUACAAUCUGGGGAAGUAUCAAAAUUCUAUAAGAUUCGUGAUGCUCUCUCGUUGAUCAAGGGUUGUGUAUUUUACAGGGAGAGGCUGGUGAUUCCUGAGGCUUUCCGGACAAAAGUACUGACGCAACUGCAUGAGGCUCACCCAGGCAUGGCUCGAAUGAAAUCCUUAGCCAGAGGAUAUGUGUUUUGGCCUGGGAUGGACAGCGCUAUCGAGCAUCGUGUCCGGAAUUGCCAGGAAUGUGCCACCGCCAGCAAAACUCCCGUAAAGUCACACCUUGCGUCAUGGCCAUUAACUUCGCGAUGCUGGCAACGCAUUCAUAUCGACUACGCGAAGUACAAAAACGAUUAUUACCUUCUCAUUGUGGAUGCAUUCUCCAAAUGGCCCGAAGUUUACAAAACGUCGUCGAUGACUACUGCUGUCACCGUUGCGAAGCUCCGUGAGUGUUUUGCUCGCCAUGGACUACCGGAGAUUCUCGUGAGCGACAACGGGACCCAGUUCACGAACGCAGCCUUCGCGGACUACUGCAAGCAGAAUGGCAUCAAACACAUUAGAACUGCGCCCUAUUCUCCGGCCAGCAAUGGCCAAUGUGAGCGUUUUGUCGACACGCUUAAGCGCUCCUUGGAGAAACAGAAAUCCUUACCUGCGGACGUUGCACUUCAGCAAUUUUUGGCAAAUUAUCGUGCCACCCCGAAUGAAAAUUCUCCUCAAGGAAAAUCCCCAUCGGAGGUGAUUUAUGGUCGAAAAGUUCACACUGUUUUGGAUUUGCUGAAGGUGCCCUCUGAUGAACCCAUUCGGCGCAAUGAGAAGAUGGAAGCACAAUAUAACCGUCACCACGGGACCAAGGCACGCUCCUUCGCGAGGGGGGAGGAGGUUUACGCCAAAAUAUUCGCGCAAGGAGGCGUGAAAUUCACUUGGACACCUGGAAAAAUUAUUGAGAGACGAGGUUCAGCUGUCUACAAUGUGAGGUUAUGUAAUGGCACACUUAUACGCUCUCACAUCAACCAGUUGAAGCGCAGAUUCUCCGAUGAGAAUAGAGACUCUGGCUCUCUGCCGCUCCCAACAACUUCUCGCAACUCUCACCAAUACAACACGCGAUCCCAUUCACGACAAAUUCAGUCUCCCGCUACGCAACGCACUCCAUUGAGACCGAAGACUGAACGGCUUUCGGAUCCGAUCGUGAUAUCGUCGGGAUCUUCGUACGGCACAUUGAGUAACGCGGAUGAAUCGCUAUUGAGUCCAGUGAGAGAAAUUCAUUCACAAUCUGAUUCUCCUGGAACUCCUCUGAACGCUGUAUCCGACUCUCAAGGAGCUGUUGGCCCAGCACUCACUCCACGUACACCAGAUGCACCGACACAACGACCACCUUCACAGACACCGAUCUACCGUAGAAUGCGCACGCGACGAAAUGUACAGAAGCGUCUUAGCGAUCACUACUGA